AUGAAAACAAAUUCGAGAUUCUUCACGAUCGGGCUGGUGACAUCUUGGUACUCAUCGAACAUUGGAGUCUUGUUGUUGAACAAAUAUUUGCUGAGCAAUUACGGCUUCAAGUAUCCAAUCUUCUUGACCAUGUGUCACUUGACGGCUUGUUCUUUGUUGAGCUACAUCGUGAUUGCAUGGAUGAAGAUGGUCCCCAUGCAGACGAUUCGAUCCCGGAUUCAAUUCCUGAAGAUCUCAACCCCGAGCCUGGUCUUUUGCGUGUCGGUGGUGUUUGGGAACAUCUCUUUGAGGUUCCUUCUCGUGAGUUUUAACCAGGCCAUCGGCGCUACGACGCCGUUCUUCACGGCGGUCUUCGCUUACUUGAUGACGUUGAAGAGGGAGGCUUGGCUUACUUAUGUUACCCUUAUCCCAGUUGUCACUGGGGUCAUCAUUGCCAGUGGGGAAUUUUACUUUCUUUCGAAGGGUGAGCAAAUUUUUUAUGCCUUUGCUUCUGCGUUGCGGUCAAUGGCAUAA